UUGGUGAGAAAUAAAGUUAUAGUUAAUAAUAAUAUGGUGUUGGUUGGAGUAGUAAGAAAAAGAGGGAAAGAAAAGAAGAGUGUUGUUGGGUUGAGGUAAAGAAGAAGAAGAAGAUGAAGACGAAGAUGAAGAUGGUGCAAGAGGAAGCGGAGGAGGUGGGAUUGGGAAUGAGCAGAGGGAUGAUGGUUCAGUGCAAUGUGAAUAACAAAAACCAUAGCCAUAGCCAUAACCAUAACCAUAGCCACAGUCAUAGCCAUAGCCAUAGCAAUAACCAUAAUCACAACAAUGUGUGCAACUGCAAGCACUCUCCCUCGGCAACCUUGGACCUUCUCAUUCUGCUCCUCGUCCUCUUCUCAGGGGCCUUCCUCCUCUCCUCCUAUUUCUCAUACAUCUUCCAUUCCCUCUCCCUCCUCCUUCCCUCCCUCCCUCUCUCCUACCUCCUCCCCUUCUUCCUCUUUUUCGCCCUCUCCCUUGCCGCCGCCGACUUCUGCUGCGGCCCCCGAUCCCGCCGCUGUCAGCGCUCCGGAUGCAAGGGCCUCAAGAAGGCCAUGGAGUUCGAUUUGCAGAUUCACCGCUUCGGCUCCGCUCCCUCCCCUGAUGCCUCUGCUGAAAUUGACCGCUUGCCCUGGAAGGGCGGCACCGAGGCCAACCCCGAUUACGAGUGUCUCCGCUCUGAACUCCGCAAGAUGGCUCCUCCUAACGGACGCGCCCUCUUGCUCUUCCGGGCGCCCUGCGGCUGCCCCGUGGCCAAACUCGAGGCCUCCGGUCCCAAAAAGGGCAAACGCCAUAAGAGAUUUUUUAGUUCAGUUCACCUUCUCAGCCUCUGCCAUUGCGGAACAGUUCACUUUCUUUAGUAUCAUGUCUUUCUAUCUGGUCAUACCCCAUAGCACAGUUGCUUGCUCAGCCGUCUGACACUCACAUGCAGCUGUUUGUUGAUGCGCUGCCAUUUUGAUGCUAGAAGACUGCUGCUUUCCUUGCCUGGUUUGUUGGUGCCUCUUUUUAUUUUGUUAUAGUUUGGACUUUGUUCUCUGUUUAAGGGCUCUCUCUUUGUGCUGUAAUAAUCUGUUUUUGUGGUUGUUUCUGUGUUGUUUGAUGCUGUUUGGCUCUCUUUAGGGCCUGUUGUUUGGCUCCUGUCCGGAUGUUGCUAUCUGGUCCUCAAAUUCGUGUGUUUCUCAAUUAGAUUAGUGCUACGUCCAGUGACUCUGGAUCCUCAAGUGAGGGCCUGGUGUGAGGUGUUCUUUGUCUUUUUCAACAAGAGCAGUUUUUUUGUCGGGAAAACUUAUUAUAAGAAAUACAUGAUCUCCAUUUAUCAAGAUUUGGUUUCAUGGUACAAAUACUUUAUGAUCAUGUAGUCCAGAAUCAGUAGAAAUCCAUAAAAAUGUGUGCAGAGAUUCUGAACAAGCAGACUGUCAACUUGUCAUACUCUUAUGGAUAUCUGGUGAGUCACUAUUGUUGCUAUGCCACAUGCUAUGUGAUAUGGAAGAAGGCUUGGAGCAUGUUUUCAAAUUAUAUCCAUUUAAUUUAUGACCACCCUCGAGAUGACAGAUGAUGCCCCUUUGUCAUGUCUUAAUAGAAUAAUAACCAGUGAGUGUGGCUAGACUUAAUAGUGUUUGCAUGAGCUAUGUUCUUUAUGAUCUUCAUUAGAGUAAUGAUUCUGUCUGGAACCAAAUGCUGACAGCCCCUAAUAUUCAGUUUGGCUGAGGAUUUUAUUCAUUGUCUAAUUUGAGUUUCUGCUCAAGAGGCAAGACUGCAAAUUAGUUCAUGCUUCAUAUAUAAGUGGUGAAUCUUCAAAUUCAGUUUCUUCCUUGGUUGUGAAGUGCAUAGUCAUGGUGGUCCAGGAGUACAUUAUGUUUAACAUAUUUGUUGCGCAUAUUGUAAGCUUUCUUGUCUUACCCUUAUGGUUUUUACUCGAUGCUUUGUUUGGGAGAUUUAGUAGAUUAUGAAUCACAGCGAAAUAGAAAGCUGCUUCUAAAAUGUUCAUCUACCAAUGUAUUUACUUGGUUGUAUAUGUUGAAGUUGACAUUAUCAAAAGCUAGGAUGGUUGUAGCAUUUUU